AUGGGCGAAAAUAGCGUGCCGCGUGUAGGCAACAAGGCUACCCCCAUGGUGUCGCAUCAGUGUGAUAUUGUACUAGCAGAUGUUGGCCAGGCGCAAGUUCUGCAACUUGAGCGCUUCUUGCAGCUGCUUGGCCCCCAGGUUUAUUCGCACCGUGCACACAAGGAAAACAAGGCUGGCAGCUGGGCCUCGUCUAUGGCAUUGUCCAGCCCUGUUGCGGGUGAGGUGCGUGGUUAUUGUGUGCUUACCCAGAACCUCACUGUUUUUCCGCAUCCCGAGCAAAAGAUCACACGAGCGCUGGAGCUGGUCCUGGAGGAGCUGGUCGUGACGGAGCGAACGUAUGUGAAAAGGAUCGAGGCACUUUUUAAUCGGUAUGCGGUUCCGUUGCGUCAGCUUGCGCAAGACAAGGAUACGGAGAUCAUUCCCGUAAUGGAAGCCGAGCGGAUGUUUGGCAACCUCGGCGAGAUUGUCGCUGCAAACAAAAUGCUUUUGUGUGAGCUUGAAAUUUUGUACGAGCAGGGUGCUGCCUAUAUGGCUGCCUCCAUAGGCGAGGUCAUGGCGCAAAACAUGCGCCGCUUUGCGUGUUAUGACGAGUACUUGAGCGACUUUGAGCAGGCUAAAGAGAUCUACAAUCAGAUGCUCAAAAGCAAGGCUUUUCGAGGAUUUAUCCAACGUACGCAGCACUCAACCAAUAACCUCGGCAAUGCUGGACUGCGCGAGUUGAUGAUGGAGCCGUUGCAGCGCAUCCCCCGCUACCGUUUGUUGAUGGGUAAUAUUAUGAAGAACAUUCCCCCUUCCUGUGUACAGUACCAGCGCCUGCACGAAGCCAGUGGCCUUGCAAGCCACAUUGCCUCGCGCGAAGUGAACAGCACGACGCGCCGUGCCGCUGUACUAUGGAGCUGUCAGCGCAACAUCGAGCGCUUCCCCCUCGAGCUCGUCAACGCGCGCCGCGAGCUGCUGGGCUGUAUCGAUGUAGAAGAACCCAGCGAGUCCUCUGGUGGUGUGCUGAACGCAAUCGGCUCUGCAUUUACGCGAGGAAAACACAGCAAAGGGCACAUGUACUCGUUGCUCGUGUUUGACGAUGUUCUUGUGGUGCUCCAGCGUUUCACCACGGUGCCGACCCAUCAUGUCCUUCGUGUACAAGACAUUGAGAAGCUUGCCGAUAUGAUGCGUGCAUCGCAGGUUUCAUCGCCGAACCCCAACGCGAAGAAACACGACUUGGGGUUUGCCGGGAUGGUUGACCUGUGCGAGCUCAAGGCUGAGGGCCUGGACGAGAAGCGUAUCCGGUGCAUCUUUUCUGCACCGCUGCGUGGUACGAGCAACAGGUCUGAGACGCGUGUAUUCACCGAUUCAAUGUCGACACUGCACGGCGCUUCGCGCACGGCCAUGUUCUUGGAGUGCCUCUGGAAGGCCCAGGCAGUCCAUCGCGCAAGGGCGCGUGCUCUUCAAGUGCGUGCAGGCGUAGUACCUGGGAAUGGACAGCGUGCGGCGAGCAUGAUGCUUUACACGUUGUAUACUCCGUCCCAGUUCCAGCGCUUUCCCUACAAAGGCGACUUUAUUGUGCAAAUUGGGUCGGCGGACACGGCGCGCCAGUUCCAGAUGGACUACAACAUCGACCGCUGCAUCAGUGUGGAAAUGACAGGGAAGGAGAAUGUCGGGACAGUGUGGAUUAGUGCUAAACCCGGCUCGGAUGAUACUACCUACGAUCUUCCGCUGCACUACAUCCCGGUCCUUUGCGCACAUAUGGUAGAAAACCCGUACCAACCUCUGGCUUUGCCUGCGGAAGCGAAGCGCAAGGCGACUGUUGCUGAGGAUCCUGUGCGUCGCUUCAAGUCGAUACGCGUUGCUUCGCGUGGCUCUGUGCGCAGUCUAUCUCGCUCUUCUACGCGGAACUCGCCUGGAGCGCAGCGUGCGCGCAGUUUGAUGAGCGACCGUGUGCGUGCAAGCAUCCAGUCAAGUCUGGAGGCCGUGAUCGAGAGCAAUGCGGAAGAAGAAGAGACGCAGGGUAUGAAGCGUACGAAUCCACUCGGUGAGAUUGGCAACACGAUGCCAAAACGCCGCACGUUGAGCAGCUUGGCUAAUGGCACAGAGAAUAUUCCACCGGGCCCAGCGUUGUUACCGGCAGAAGACGAUCUGGUGAAGGAGUAUGCACGAAUGGAUACGCAUUAUGAUACGCCAAGCAAGUUGGCACCCACUCCAGUGCAAGAACCCGCAAAGGAAGAGACGCGAGCAUCACCGAAGCCUCCGCGAGAGUCUGUGUUGAGGAUGCCUGCCGAGGAUACGCACCGUCUCAAGAAUCCUUUCGACGCCCAAGAUGCACAAACAUCUGCCGACGAAGCGGCCGAGGUCGAAAAUUCUUUGCCCCCGCUGCCAGACUCUCCGAUGAUGGACGUAGAUGAGGAGAAAUUAGCGUCGCGUGUUUCUUCUGCCACAUCCGCACGGCCCAGCACACAUUCCCGCAACGCAUCAGCCACAUCCGUCAUGUCCAAACAGGUCACCGAGGAGGAGAUGCAGGUUAUGCUGAAGCCCAUUUUGAGCCAAGUCCAGGAAAUACAAGCUUCGCAAGCGGUGUCGGAAGAGGCACCGCAAAUUCCAAUGCCCCAGACUGCCAAGAUUGAAGGAGAACCUUCAUUUGGCGACUUGGAACAGGAUAUGGACUUGACCGUGUUGCGCCUCCUGAAGGAGGAGCAGGCAAAGAACGAACUGGUUCCGCCCGUGCCGCCACUGCCUGCCGUUUCUCUUCCUUUCCCUUCCGAAGAAAAAGAGCAGCACAAGAGGCCCACCCAGGCUUCCUCGCGCGUGCUAGACGAGAGCCGCGCAAUGAAGCAGUCCAUUAUUUGUUUGGGUGAGGCCGUUGCAGGUCUCCGCAAGCACCGCCCAAGUUCGAUCGCUGCGCAGUCCGACUGGGCACUGUUUAAGGAUGCACUUAAAGACGUGAACAUGUGCUGGACAGAUAUGGAACGCGCAUACGAGGACAAGCAAAUGGAGCUUGCCGCGGUGCGUCUGCAAGGACCGCCGCCAAAGACAGAUAUUUGUGCAGAGGAGAUGGCACGCACCGUCGAUCAGUUGCAUGCGCAGCUCGCUGCACUCGAGCAGCGAGCUGCUCUUCUUGCUGCGUCGGAAGAGGACGCACGCUUGGAAAACACGGAGCUGUACAUGGUGUGUAACGAGGAGCUGAGCAAGCUCUACGAGCACAGUUUCAAGCCCGAACACGAGGAGACCGAUUUCCUGCGGCGGUCACUUGUGGCCGCCAAGACGGAAGUGCACAACCUGCGUAUAGAGAACCGUGCGCUUCGAUACGACGCGCUUCCGUAG